CUGUUAACUCUUUAAGCAGAUUCUGUAAGACUCAAAAUAUAUAUCACCAAUGGGUAAUAUAUGCUUUGCUGAGUUUAAAACCAAGGGCUGAGCUUGACAAAUACCCCACAUGGUGUUUUGGGUUUAUUACAGUUGCAGCAGAUAGGCAUAUACCUUCCCUCAUAAUGUUGCUUUUCCAUGUUGUGUGUGUCUUCUAGAGUGAACAAAGAACCUCCCACACUUGUCCCUUGUGGCUUUCCCUUGCUGCAUUUCAUGGGUUCUUCUUCAGUUUGAGUUUUCAUUGGUAAAGUUUGGUUCUUUUUCAUUUUAGUGGGUGUUCUAGAAAUGGGUUAUGCAAAUUUGUCUAUUUUCAGAUCUGGGUUUUAGAGUUUUCCCUUGGUAUUUGGUAAAGUUUGGGGGCUUGGGUUUCUGGGGUUCUUCAUAUUUUUUUUGUUUUGUUUUUUUGUUGUUGAGUGUGUUAUUGGGUAUUGAGAAAAUGGCUCCAAGAUUGGAUUUUUCCAAGAUGUGGGCAAAGAAUGCUAAGAAGGGAGGAGGAACACCAGUGGUUGUGAAAAUGGAGAACCCCAAUUUCUCAGUGGUGGAGAUUGAUGGUCCAGACUCUGCUUUCAGGCCUGUUGAGAAAAGCAGGGGUAAGAAUGCUAAGCAGGCCUCAUGGGUUUUGCUUCUCAAGGCUCAACGUUUUGUGAGUCUCAUUGCUUCAAUGGCUACACUACUUUGGUCACUGCUUGGUACCAUUAACAAGAGGUUAAUCUUUAGGCAAGGUGUAGCAAUGGAGAAUGGGAAAUUGGGAAAGGGGAGGUUAUUGUUUACAGUCAUAAGAGUCUUCUUAGUGAGCUCCAUUGCAAUUUUGGUUUUUGAGGUAGUUGCUUAUUUCAAAGGAUGGCAUUACUUCAGGAAUCCAAGUUUGCACAUCCCUCGGACUUCUGAUAUACAGGGCUUGCUCCACAUGGUUUAUGUUGCCUGGUUAAGAUUUCGGGCCGAUUACAUUGCACCUCCAAUUCAAGCACUCUCUACAUUUUGUAUUGUUCUUUUCAUGAUCCAAUCUGCAGACCGCAUGAUACUUUCGUUGGGAUGCUUAUGGAUUAAGUACAAGAAAAUUAAGCCAACCAUUGAUUCAAAUGCUAUGAAGUCAGAUGAUCUUGAGAAGUCAGACUAUGAGUACCCCAUGGUUCUUGUUCAAAUUCCAAUGUGUAAUGAGAAAGAGGUAUAUGAGCAGUCUAUCUCUGCAGUUUGCCAGAUUGAUUGGCCAAAGGACCGUAUACUAAUUCAAGUUCUUGAUGAUUCUGAUGAUGAGAGCAUCCAGUGGUUAAUAAAGUCAGAGGUUGCUGACUGGAGCCAGAAGGGUGUCAACAUAAUAUAUCGGCAUCGUGAGAUUAGAACUGGUUACAAAGCAGGAAAUCUCAAGUCUGCAAUGAGCUGUGAUUAUGUGAAGGACUACGAGUUUGUGGCAAUCUUUGAUGCAGAUUUCCAACCUAAUCCAGACUUCCUUAAAAGGACAGUGCCACAUUUCAAGGGCAAUCCUGAAGUUGGUUUGGUUCAGGCAAGAUGGGCCUUUGUGAACAAGGAUGAGAACUUGUUGACUCGUCUCCAAAACAUUAAUUUGUGUUUCCACUUUGAGGUGGAACAGCAGGUUAAUGGUGUGUUUCUUAAUUUCUUCGGUUUCAAUGGAACUGCUGGUGUUUGGAGAAUAAAAGCCCUCGAGGAAUCUGGAGGAUGGCUGGAAAGGACUACCGUUGAGGAUAUGGACAUAGCUGUCCGGGCUCAUCUCAACGGUUGGAAAUUUAUCUACCUUAAUGAUGUUCAGGUACUAUGCGAAGUGCCUGAGUCGUAUGAAGCUUACAGGAAGCAGCAGCAUCGCUGGCAUUCUGGUCCUAUGCAGCUAUUUAGAUUGUGCCUUCCAGCAGUUAUUACUUCUAAGGUAUCAGCAUGGAAGAAAGCAAACUUGAUACUACUAUUCUUUCUAUUGAGGAAACUCAUCCUUCCUUUCUAUUCUUUCACCUUGUUCUGCAUAAUUCUUCCAUUAACCAUGUUUGUCCCUGAGGCAGAGCUUCCUUCAUGGGUCAUUUGCUAUGUGCCCGUUUUCAUGUCUUUACUCAAUGUUCUUCCAGCUCCUAGAUCCUUCCCUUUUAUUGUUCCUUACCUCCUUUUCGAGAACACCAUGUCCGUAACCAAAUUCAAUGCAAUGGUGUCUGGAUUGUUCCAACUGGGUAGCUCUUAUGAGUGGAUUGUCACCAAGAAGGCUGGCAGGUCAUCAGAAUCCGACUUACUGGCUGCUGCAGAAAGGGAAACAAAGAUGAUAAACCAAUUACCAGUCCACAGAGGAGCUUCAGAGAGUGAGCUUUCAGAGUUGAACAAACUUAUGGAACAUAAAGUAGUAUCUCCUUUGCCUGUCAAGAAAGCUAACAAGAUAUACAGGAAAGAACUUGCUCUAGCUUUCCUCCUGCUCACAGCUUCUGUCAGGAGUCUGUUAGCUGCCCAAGGAGUACACUUUUACUUCCUACUCUUCCAAGGUGUGACCUUCCUCCUGGUUGGUCUUGAUCUCAUUGGAGAGCAAAUUAGCUAAUAGGGUGCAAGAGGAAACAUAGAAAAAAGCAACACCUAUAUGCACAUUGCACAGUGAAGUAGUUCAAUGAUUUACCCUCUGCUUCAAUAACUAGAUUUAUUUAUAGCAUAGUCUACACAGUGUGAGGUUCUCAACAGGAACUUCUUUGUUAAUCUCCCCAAUACCAAUUCC